UGUGCAGUUGUAGUGUAUGUUGUUCAUGUGUUAAUUUUGUUUUGUUUUUUUUUCUCGAAUCUGUCAUUAAUAUCCAUCGAUAUGUGCUGAUUUGUUUGGGAUGUUGUUGAUAUGUGUGUGUGUGUGUGUGUUUUUGUUGUUCGUGAUGAAUUAGCCCAUUUUAAUUUCUUAAACGCACACAAACACAACUGUGAUUCUCAACCAAGAAUCAAAUGGCGAGCUGAUCAUUUUGUUUUAUUAUUAUUUGCCUGCAUUUUCAUAUUGUUCAACAAAAUAGUGUUUUGUUAUUGUUUUUAUAAAGUUUUUUUUUCUGGCAUUCCACACGCAUCUAUACCCAUUUUUUCGUUUUGUGUGUAAAGAAUUUUAUUUUAUUUUAUAACAAUCAUGUUGUUCUGUUUAGGUGCAUCAGUUCCCAAAGAAGAUGAAUAUCAUUUUCUAAGCGAAGAAAACGAUGAAGAUGAUGAUGAUAUCGAUGGUAUUGGUCAUUGUUUAAUGGUUGGUCAUCAUCAUCAUAAUCAUCAUUCAAAAGCUUGUGACAUAGAUUUGGAUUGUGAUACGGCCAAUGCUGGACAAUUGAUCGAUUUAGCUGCUGUAGCCGCUGCCGCUGCAGCUGUUGUUUCAGAUAGCAAAAGUCAAGAAUCAAAUGAUAAUUGUAUAAACGCAGGUCUUUUAGCGGCAGCCGUUCAACAACAACAACAGCAACAAUGUUCAUGUUUUAAAUCGCAGUCAUCGGUCAAUUGUUCUAGUCUUCGACAUGUCAAUCAACUAAAUUAUCGACGAAAAUUUCGUAAAUUGUCAUUUUCACCCCAUCAUCAUUCAACACCAUCAAAGUUCGUCGACACUAAUUCAUCGUCACCAUCAUCAUCAUCCUCAUCAACAUCAUCUUUAGCCAAUCAUCAAUCUGGUGGUAGUAAUUCAGUUAAUAGCACAUCAGUGCCAUCGUUGCCUAUCGGUAAUAGCAACAAUAAUACUAGUGCUGCAUCUGCAUUUCUUUCCAAAUUAGGCCCAAUUCAAUUAGGCCGUAAACUUAGUCAGCUAAGAAAUUCUGCGCUUUCUAAUGUUUCUUCAUCGCAUUCGUCUGCCGUAGCUAAAGGUACAGAAAAUCUACAACGUGAAGCAUUACGUAAAUCAAACGAAUCAGGACAAUAUAAUCUUGAUAAUUCACAACGUUAUAUUCGUUUACCACCAUCUCCACAUUCGAAAAAAUUCUCUACAACCAUAAACGUUAGCCAACGAUCGUCCAGUCCGAUUGGUGAGAAAAAUAUCCAUAAAUCUAAAUGUAAUAACAACAACAAUAGCAUUAACAAAAGUUCCCUGUCAUCAAAACAAUCACCAUCGAACAUUAUCGACUCAUUAUUAAUGUGUGAUGCUCUAGCAUCAUCACCGAUACAAUCGAUAUCAACACCGGUCAAUAAUAAUCAUCAUUCAAACUCCCCAUCAUUAACAUUACACACCAAAACAACCUCGAGUAGAUCUUGUACAUCUUCACCAUCAUUAUCAUCAUCAUCAUCAACGAUUUCUCCUAUACCAACACCACCUCCCCCUUUACCGCCGCAUCAUCAUCAACCAUUGAAUUCUUUAGCUCCGAAUAUAGUUCCACGUAGUGCCAAUAACAAUCCACCACCUCGUCCAAAAGCUGAUAAGCCAAACAAACAUCAACAGUUGUCAAACAUGUCGUCCUCAACUUCAGCCACCAUCAAUAUGAGUCGUUCAUCGUUAACUAAUAACGUUGCCGUAUCAUCUCCGACAACAAGUUUGGUAUCAUCGAUACCAUCGAAUGUAUCCGGUAGUAAUGUAAAUCAUAGUCAGCAUGUUACAAAUGGCGUUCAAAAUGAAUCAUUUUCUUCUCGAUCAUGUAAAUGUGCUCCUUCAUCUACAAUUUCCUCAUCUACCACAACACAACCAUCAUUAAAUCAAUGUGCCACUUGUUCACCAUCAACAGGAGGAAAUCCUGUGACCACUGCUGGUUCCAGCAAUGCUUCAAACAAUCAGCAAACAACAAGCAACAAUCUAAAUAGUCAUCACCAUCAUCAACAACAUCAACAAUUCAUCAAUAAGCCACCACGUGGUUGGCUUCAUCCGGAUCAUAAGUUGACCGAUACGGAUGGCCCAGGUGUUACAUAUACUGUCAGAUACAUUGGUUGUUUAAGUGUCAAUACAUCAAUGAAAAGUUUAGAUUUUCAAACACGUUCAUUGAUUGCCAAAGAAUCGAUAAAUCGCGUUUGCGAAUCAGCCGGUUUGAAAACGGUGGAUAAAAAACGUCGUGUUGAUAAAAGAAUUGCCGGAAUGUUGGCCGAUACACCCAAUAUGGAACAUGCUGGUGUUGAUGCAAAUCUUUCGAUUACUAUUUCAUAUCUUACAUUAACGUUAGCUGAAACGGGUGAACCUUUGGCCAAACAUGAGAUGCCAAACAUUUCUUUCGCAUCAGGUGGUGAUACGGAUACACUUGAUUUUGCUGCAUAUGUUGCCAAAGAUUCACGGUUUGAACGAGCCUGUUUUGUUCUUGAAUGUGAAGAUGGUCGAGCUCAAGAAGUUAUUACAACUAUUGGACAAGCAUUUGAAUUAAGAUUCAAUGAAUUUCUCAAAAGAAAUCCAUUGUCUACCGAAAGGCUAGAACAUAUUCAUCAAGGAACAAAUAAUAGUCAUAAAACAGCCAUAAGUAACAAUAACGACAAUUCUCAAAUAACUCCUGCACAAAGGAUCGAAGAUCGUGAAUAUUAUAACGACUUGCCUGGCAAAAUUCCUCCUGACAUAGUGACAAUAAACAACGGUAUCACAAAUAAAAUGAUAACUCCCCCUAUGGCCGCACCUCGGAACAAAAAACCAUCAAUAAAUUCUACAACGGCUACAACCAGUAAUAAUCCGCAAGAAGAACAAAUCAAUCUUAUUGAUUUGAAUGAUGAUCUAAAACCAUCUUUGAAUUCAUCAGCUUGUAAUAGUAAUCUAUUGAAUAAAAAUAUUUUGCCCACCGAUCCCCGAUAUGUCAAUUGUGGAACAUCUGAAACAACUGCUGCGACCACUUCCAUAGCUGAUAAAGAUCCUUUUGAUAUGCAACCUUUCAACAAUGCUCUUGCCGUUCAUGUAUCAUCCACCACUACAGGUCAGUCAUCGCAAAGCCUGCCAUCCACGUCGGGUUUACAAAAACUGGAUUAUGCUCCUAAUUGUGAUCUACAUAAAGAAGAUUGGUUCCACGGAUCAAUAUCUCGUAAAGAUAGUGAAGCAUUGGUAACACGAGAUGGCGAUUUUUUGGUUCGUGAAUCACAAGCAUCACCUGGUCAAUAUGUCCUAACCGGAAUGCAAGGUGGUCAUCGUAAACAUCUAUUAUUGGUCGAUCCUGAAGGAGUGGUACGAACAAAAGAUAAAACAUUCGAAAGCGUUAGUCAUUUGAUCAAUUAUCAUCGAAAUAAUGGCUUACCAAUCAUUUCCUCUGAAAGUGCUUUGGUUCUCAAGAAUCCUAUUAUCACUUCAAAAAAACAUUAAUUCAAAGUUCCAUUAUCAUUUUGAAAAUUCAAACUAAUGAAUUAAAUUCGAUCAAUGAAAAAGGAUUAU